UCGUAUUUGUAUUUUUCUCUUUCAUUUUGUAAUUUGCAAUCUUUUUGAGCAAAGCAGGAGAGGAGGAAGCCGGCGCUGGUGUCAGCUUCUCUCUGCAAAUCUCUCUUCCCCAUCUUAACUUCACGCUGCUCCCUAUUUUGUUCUUCUUCUCUUCAUCGCGCCGCUCCGCUCCGCUGUCUCAUCUGCUCCGAUCUCAGCCCGCUCGCCGGCGUUGAAGCAUCAAAACCGUUGCGACGAAUGCUUGGUUCCGGAUCAUCUGUUCCGUGCUGAAGUUAAAGAAUGCAACAAUUGAUACAAAAAAGUGCACGGGUGCAUGUGCUUGCUUUCUCAGAGUGAUCCAACCUAAUUUGUUUGAAUGUCUAAAUCAAAAGGGACGACAAUGGGUCUUACUAACCGAAGUGGAUUUCCUAGAAGAACAAACGACACUACUAGGCUCAUUAUUACAGCACUUCUAGGAGUUAUCUUUGGAUUUUUUAUUGGUGUCUCAUUUCCGUCCGAUUCCCUUUCUAAGAUUAAUUUCCCUUCUGGGUUCAGAAGUCGUUAUGAUUCAGCGUCAAUAGAUGCAAGAAGAUCUAACACAGGCGAACCUGAAAAUCGUGAGUCAUACAACAUCCCCAAGAUUUAUGUUCCAACAAAUCCCCGUGGUGCAGAGUCAUUGCCUCCAGGAAUCGUUGAGGCAGAAACUGACCUUUACUUGCGGCGAUUAUGGGGCGAACCUAGUGAGGAUCUCAAGAAGAAGCCAAAGUACUUGGUGUCCUUUACAGUUGGUUGGAAUCAGAGGCAUAACAUAGAUGCAGCAGUUAGAAAGUUUUCAGAUGAGUUCACAAUUGUUCUUUUCCACUAUGAUGGCCGGGCUACUGAAUGGGAUGUGUUUGAGUGGUCAAAAACUGCGAUUCAUAUCAGUGUGAAAAGGCAAACGAAAUGGUGGUAUGCUAAAAGAUUUUUGCACCCAGAUGUUAUUGCGUCAUAUGAAUAUAUCUUCAUAUGGGAUGAGGAUCUUGGAGUGGAACAUUUUAAUGCAGACAAAUACAUUCACUUGGUUAAAAAGCAUGGGCUAGAGAUCUCUCAACCAGGUCUUGAGCCCAAUAAUGGUCUCACAUGGCAGAUGACAAAACGGAGAGGUGACCGCGAAGUUCACAAGGAUACAGAGGAGAAACCAGGCUGGUGCAGUGACCCACAUUUACCUCCAUGUGCUGCCUUUGUGGAAAUCAUGGCGCCUGUGUUUUCUCGUAAAGCUUGGCGAUGUGUGUGGCAUAUGAUCCAGAAUGAUUUGGUCCAUGGAUGGGGAUUGGAUUUUGCUCUGAGAAGAUGUGUAGAGCCUGCGCAUGAGAAAAUCGGGGUUGUUGAUUCACAGUGGAUCGUACAUCAAGUAAUUCCCUCUCUGGGGAGCCAGCAGGGCAAAUCUGAGAAUGGGAAGGCUCCUUGGGAAGGGGUGAGAGCAAGGUGUAAGAGCGAAUGGUCCAUGUUCCAGGAACGCCUGCUCCGUGCUGAUAAAGCGUACUUCUUGAGCAGCACGAGCCGAUCUGCGACCGCUGAUAAGCAAUACGUGGCUCGCUUAAAGGGGGUUAAAAACUGAACCAACCAAUGCUAGUGUCGUCGUUUCGAGUCUGGGGGGGUGCGUCGGUCGCCUAACUACUGUAAGCUACAUUCGCUGCUGCGUCUUGCUCACCUCCAGCCGCAGCCACGCCAUUCGCUGUGGUUUUAAGGGGAGAUCAGAGGAACAUCAUGCGUGAGAGGUCUGAGAUGCACUUUCUCCCCCUCCCUCCCUGCCCCCCGCGAGCUCCCCUUUUUUGUACAUUCCGAUUUGUUUAUUGUACACCACCCGUAAUAGGUUCGCUCCUCUUGAUGUAAUAGCUUGUAAGCCGCUUUUGGAAGAGAGAUUCGUACUCCGAUCGGUUUGCCUGCCGACAUCUUCAUCUAGUCUCAUGUUUGAUGCUCUUGAGAAUACUAACGCUAAGAGAAGAAAACUUUUUGUUGAUAACUUUGCUUCGCCCCACCUGUGGCCUUCUACUGUUCUGUAGCCUCUGUAACUGUAACUGCGAGUUUCGGCUGGAACUCGUGAGUUUUCAGUAAAACUGGCAUUGGCUCUGGCCUCUCGCACAUUAUCGAUCUGCAUCUAAAUCUAUG